AUGCUAGACAAAACUUUCAAACCACAAUCAACUUCACUAACAGAUCUUUCCGCCCAGAUCUUUUCAAGAAUGAACCCGCAACAAGUUGCACAGCCCAGAUCAUCUGCAAAUGGAUUUACUCGUAGAAGAGGUGAAAAAGAAACAGGGACUAGAGUGGACAAUAAAUCUCAGCCUGGAAAAUCAAACUUCAACAGAAUGACAACUUCAGGUGGAGUUGAAAGCCCAUCACGGGAUCGCCUAGUUUAUAUAACAACAUGCCUUAUUGGGCAUCAGGUGGAAGUCCAGGUCAUUGAUGGAUCCAUGUUCUCUGGAAUCUUUCACGCAACAAAUGCCGAAAAAGAUUUUGGAAUAAUCUUGAAAAUGGCCCGUGUAACAAAGGCUGGUUCAUCUCGAGGACAGAAAAACAUUUCAGAUUCUGUUCAAAAGCCCCCAUCUAAAACCUUAAUAAUACCUGCUAAAGAACUUGUGCAGAUUGUCGCGAAGAGUGUAUCUGUAAGUAGAGAUGGGUUGAUGAAUGAGGAAAUGCAGGACAUUAUGAUAGAUUCCUCUAUUUCUCAAUCCCGACAUGUUGACUUGGAAAGAGAGUUGGCACCUUGGGUCCCUGAUGAUGAUAAUCCAGAAUGCCCUGAAUUGGACAAUACAUUUGAUCGCCAUUGGAACAGGGGCUGGGAUCAAUUUGAAGCAAAUGCAGCGUUAUUUGGAGUAAAGAGUACCUUUAAUGAGGAGCUGUACACAACAAAGCUUGAUAGAGGUCCUCAAAUGAGAGAAUUAGAAAGGGAAGCAUUAAGAAUUGCCAGGGAAAUUGAGGGUGAGGACACCCAUGAUCUUCAUCUAGCCGAGGAAAGAGGCAUUCAUUUCCAUGAUAAGUUUGAUCUGGAUGAAGAAACUAAAUAUUCAUCGGUUUUCCGUGGGGGGGUUGAUGAUAGUGGUUAUGAUGAAAGUGAGGACGUUUUUGAUUCACAAAAUAGUGAAACCUUUGGAGAUGUUGUGAAUGAAAAUGAGUUGUAUCCAUCUGGUCCUCUGGAUGUAGAGAUCAGGAUUGAAGAUAAUCAGACUAAUCAACAACAUCCGGAUACAGAGAAGCACAUGUUGUAUGAGCAAAGGCAAAGCCAUGGUUCAAAAUCUGAGGAGUCAAAUAAAGAAAAAGAAAGUGAAAGUGGUGAUAAAGGACUGAAUGUGACUGCAACUGCAUAUGCCCCUCCAUCUAUAUCUAACUCUAAGUCUAAAGGUCAGGAGGAAAAGACAACAACUUCAACUUCUACUUGUAGUCAAGUAUCAGAGGGUGUGAAGACACCACAACCUGGAGUUGGAGUCUCCCGUGCACGCCCUCCUAGUAGUUCUGCUUCUUCAGAAUCUGGAAAUGCUUCUCCUGCUCCUGCCCCUGGACCUGGAUUAUCACCAACCUCAUCAAUGGCCUCUCUCACCUCUGAGAAAUCAACAUUGAACCCUCAUGCAAAGGAAUUUAGACUGAACCCAAAUGCCAAGAGCUUUGUUCCAUCAGCAGCAGCAGCGCCUGUAAGUGCGGCAUCUCCUCCGGUGUCUGAUGGGUCCUUCUACUACCCUCCACAUAUGCAUGGCAUGCCACUUGGCAUUGGUAUGGGAAUGGGACCCGCAUUUCCGGCCCAUCAGCCUGUUAUAUUUGGUCCACAGGGAACACCUUUGCAAUCCCCACAGACCUAUUUUCACUCAAAUGCUCCACAGUAUGGGCAGCAAAUGCUUGUUGGUCAACCACGACAGGUGGUCUACAUGCCAACUUAUCCUCCAGAAAUGCCAUAUAAAGGAAGAGAGUUUUAGGUUGUUGAAUGGAAGGAUUUGAGAUGCUGAUUAAAAAGAAGAAUAACAGAAUUUGGAAACAAGUGUUUGUUUGAUUUACUGAUGAAAGGAAGGAAGACAAGAAACAUAUGGAUUUGCACAAGGGAAAGGAAAAAAACAUAACCGUCUUAAUUACCAUGACUAACACCCGUUUGUUUCUUUGUUUCUUUGUCCUAGCAUGUCUGUCUCAUCCUGCUUCUUUUCGUUUCUUUUAUUUUCUCUUGUGGGUGAUUUUUUUUUUUUUUUAGCUUG